AUGUCAGACAAAAUACAGGAAUUCCGAAUUUGGCAAACAAAACUUUACAACCUCCAACGUGAAGCCCCAAAGCCACACGUUGUCCCAUGCUCAAGAACGCUGAGCGGACGACCUCCGCAGUAUGGCAUCGAGUACCACGGUUCGAUUUCGCGACAGGAAACAGACAAAUUGCUCGAGAAUGCUCCGGAUGGUGCUUAUCUUAUUCGUGACAGUCAACGAGCCGCUGGGGCAUAUACGUUAGUUAUUUGGUUUGAUAAAAAUGUCAAAAAUUUCAUGCUGCAUUAUGAUCCUGUUUCCAAGCAGCAUUAUGUUGGUGAAAGUCGUUUCGACACGAUAGAGUUGUUGGUUGCGGAUGGUCUCAUACAUUUCUACGUGGAGACGAGAGGAGCAGAUGUUUUGCAGAAAAUCGCGGAUGCGAACACCUAUCAGUCCACACCGUUUUACAAAGUAAGUUUUUAUCGAUUCUCCCAGGUUUUUCGCGAAGUAGCGUACGCUAGCGAACGUUCGCUUUUUACAUGUAAUCGAUGGUAG